CAGGGGGUUGGGGACUAGAUGACCUCCUGAGGUCCCUUCCAACCCUGAUAUUCUAUGAUUCUGUAUUCUAUCUGGCCUUUUAGAAACUCAUCUCUCCUUUCACAAAUUAUAUCUGCCUUGCUAAAUUACCUGUGGUUUUACUUGGGAGUGACUGUAACUGUCAAUACUUUGCUUGUUUCACCCUGGAACACGUCCCAGAACUGAGACGUUUCUUGGGGACAGAAGGGGGACACUGCUGCAGAAGCCCCUCCAUUAGAAACAAUGGAAUUAUAGUAAUUUACCCACCCCGAGCAUUCAAGAAACCAUGAGUCAGCGCCCUGCCCUCCCAAAAAAAUACAAGAUUGGCUUAAAAAAUCAUGAUUUAAAAAAUAAUAAAUGGGGGAAGGUUUUUUUUAUUCCUUCUCUGGUCUUUGAGCCUCUAGGGUUUGUGUUUCGUAUGCCACCAUGAGGGCUCGACAAUUACUACGCUGAAAUUCCUGUGUAAUGACAUGAUGCAGGGGGACUGGGGCUUGAAGAAAAACACCAGCUCUGAGACUUGUGAUCAAACCAUGAGAGCUGGCAACAUGGAGGCGAGUUUGGGUUCCCAGGGAGAAGCCGGGACCUGGAGCCAGGGGGACUGCACCAGCAGCUGACACCCCACCGCAGCCAUGAGCCUGGAGCCCCCCAAGCUGGAGAUCAAGUCAGCCACCGGGGUGACUGGAGGGCCAGCCACCCCCAGGAAAGGGCCCUCCAAAUUCAAGCAGAGGCAAACCAGGCAGUUCAAGAGCAAGCCACCCAAGAAGGGGACCCAAGGGUUCGGUGAUGACAUCCCUGGCAUGGAGGGGCUGGGAACAGACAUCACCGUGAUUUGCCCCUGGGAAGCUUUCAGUCACCUGGAACUCCAUGAGCUGGCGCAGUACGGCAUCAUCUAGCCAGCCCCUGAGCUCAGAAUUGAGGCGUGUGUCUCCUGGCAGCCCACGGAGGUGUCACUAUUUAUACAGAGGGUGAUGCAGCUGCUGUUGCGGCUCGUGACCAGAGCAGCCGGAAAAAGCUCUUUAAAAUAAACAUGCUCAGUUGAAUCUGC